GAUUGCUACUGCCAGUGUGGACACAAGGUCCAGCUGUGGUCGCCAUGGAACGACACGGCCAAGGGCCGCGCAUGCCCAGGCACGACGACGAAUGACAAACAGAUGCGCGACCUCCUCAAGGCCGCAGAUCACCCGACGGCGGUGGCAGAGGCGAUCAAAUCAUCGCUGCAGGCUCAGGCGAAGAAGCCACCGCCGACUGAGGCGUGGGAGGCUGUUCAGAAGGCUAAGCAGGAGCUGCGCAGGGCGGAGCAGGCCUCUCAGAGAGCGGCUGCGGUGGUGCUUCGGGUCCGCACCGACCUCGAGACGGCCUCUGAGGCGCACGCGGCGAAGAUCGAGGAGCUGGCUGCGGCGGAGACGGCGAACAAUCUUAUCAUUCAUUACGACAUAUUCGAGACCGCGGGCCCUGCCGACAUGGACGAGGGCGAGAGGAAUACCUUCUUGGAGUACAAGAAGCAGUUCGACGCGGCUCGGCCCCAGCUCGAGUCAGCGGUGCAGAAGCUGCAAAACCUCAUGGAGUCCAUCCAGCGGUUCGACCAGGAUCGAGCUGCCAAGGGGAGGCGGGGCCAGGAGGUGGCGGACUCGGGGGCCCCCGAGCCUGCAGCCGUCGGUGCGGCCACGCCUGCGGCCGCCCCCCCGCCUGCCAAGGCGGCGACCCCCCCUCCUGCCGACGGUGAGCGCUUCAAGUCCUUGGUUGCCCAGUCGAUCCGCCAGGCCGCUGAGGCGGAGCAGGCUCAUCCCGUUGCGUCCGAGCCUGCAUUGGAGGCCCAGCUGUUCUUCGCGAGCGUCAUUGAAUGGGGCCCGCGGGUGGAGAGAUGGGUGGCUUCGUCUGGGAAGAGCUACCAGGUUUUGGCGAUGGUCGAGACGCGCAUCUCUCAGGCCAAGCAGCUGCAGGAGUUUCUCAAGCUUGAUGAGGGCGACUGGCUUUCCUCGAUGUGCUAUGCGGUCCCGACGGGCCUCUCGGCUGAAGGCGCGACGGGGGGCAAGAUGGUGCUAGCUCGUAACUCGGUUGCCGCCGCCACCUUUGACGCCGUGCGCCGGCAGAGCCGACAGUGGUAUGCAGUUGACCCCUGUCGCGGCUUUGCCCUCGUGUCUUGGCAUCGCAAGACAGGGGGCCUCGUGGUCAUUGCGUUCUACAUUGAGCCGCGUGACUCGAUCGCGGGACCAGCGCACGAGCGCAUGGUAGCGCUCACGGCCUUAUUGAACAUGUUG